GACAAUGCAUUCGUAUGCUAAAGUUUUCUUUCUCAUUUGCUUUAUCUUUACAUUGAUCUUCUUUCCCUGGGAAGUGGUUUUUGUGUCUGUAGAAGAUCACGCAGAAUCCUCAAAUAUUCUGUUCAAUGAUCACCUAAAAGAUCAGCAAACUGUUCAGGAAGAAAAUAAUUUAGAAGAUCAUCAAAAUGAUCAAAAGACUGAAAUUCAGAGAAAUCCUGAAGUAAAGUACAUUUUGCUGUAUGAAACUCCUCCGUGGAUGAAGACUGUUAAAUUGCUGCCAAGUGCGAAGAAGUGCAUUGUGACGAGUGAUAGGAAAUUAUUGCCAAAGAUUGAAAUGUUUGACGCUCUACUCUUCAGUGGACAGCAUCCAUGGAGUGUGGAGAAGAGUUUCCCAAAAUAUCGAUCUUCGGAGCAAUUUUAUGUAUUUGUUGACCUCGAAUGUCCCCCCAUGUCAGCCCAUAAAUUCGCAUCUGACCCCAACAGGGAGCUGUACAACCUCACAAUGACCUAUAGACGUGAUUCAGAUAUCUAUUGGCCAUAUGGUUUCAUUGCAAAAGACAAUGUUAAGUAUUUGAGUGAAGCUGAAGAACCUGAGUGGAUGGAGCCUGUUUUUGAUGAUGCAGAAGAAAUUGAUCCAACACUCCUCCAGAGUAUUGAGACGAAACAUAAAACAGCUGCAUGGUUCGUCUCAAAUUGUCAUGCUCAAUCCAAUCGCAAUGAACUCGCUCAUGCUAUGCAGAAAACCAUUGAUGUGGACAUUUAUGGCAAAUGUGGACCUUUGGUCUGCCCACGCAGCAAAACAGGGGAAUGCUACGACCACGUGGAACAGGAAUACUUCUUUUAUUUAUCCUUUGAGAACAACCUGUGCAAUGAUUACAUCACGGAGAAGGUUUUCAGUAUAAUGCGCUACAACAUUGUACCCGUUGUCUAUGGCGGUGCCAACUACUCACAACAUCUCCCCCCACACUCCUACAUUGAUGCAAAUGAUUUUACAACUGCCACCGACUUGGCAAAUUAUCUCAAUUACCUCCGAGAAAAUAUCAAGGAGUAUGUUAAAUUCUUUUGGUGGAAGAAGUACUACAAGACCAUCUUUAGUGGUAAAGUCUACAAUAAUAUCUGUGAUAAACUCCAUGAACUUACCUCUUCUGGCAAUGAAAGGAAUGCAACAUUUUACGAAGACAUUGAGACGUGGUGGACAAAGGAUCAAUGCUCGAAAAAGAAGCAAAAAAUUAAAUUUAUUUAAUUCUUUCGAAUAUUUUAAUAAAAUUCAUUUUUUACGGAGA